ACCCCGCCCCCAUCCACUCACCUGAGUUGUUCAAAGUGGACCGAGGGUGCGUUUGGGAGGCUUCCACGGCACAGGAGAAGGGAGGACACCAAUGGAGUUCCCUCUCACUGAAGCUCCCUUUGGAGCUCCAUGUAAAGAGGAACCGGCAGUCAUCCCUCCCGCUCGUUUGGGGUCUCUCACUGAGGAAACCGAGCCUGUAGAAUUACCGAAGUGCGAUGAUGGCGACCGGAGUCGCCUGACAGAACCUGCAGGUGGCCCAGCAACGUACUCAUGUGACAGUUCUUCGUCAUCCUCGGACAGCGAAGAUGAAUGCAAGAAGGAAAAGAAGAAGAAGAAGAAACUGAAGAAAAAGAAGAAGAAAAAGAAAGAUUCCAGGUCCUCGUCUUCCUCCUCCUCCUCCUCUUCAUCUUCUUCCAGCAGCUCGUCAGACAGCGACAGCGAGGAUGACAAGAAAAAGAAGAAGAAAAAGGAGGAGAAGAAGAAAGUAGUGAAUGAGUACACAUGGGAUAGGGUGAUCAUUCCGCCGACUGAUGAACAAAAGGAACUUCCUGGGGAGUUGCCGUUAAAGCGGGAUUCCUCUUCAUCUGACAGGGACAAAAAGAAGAAGAAAAAGAAGAAAGACAAGAAGAAGAAAAAGAAGAAAGACAAGAAGAAGGAUUCCUCGUCUUCUUCUUCGUCUGACAGUUCUUCCUCUGAUAGUGAAGAUGAGAAGAAGAAGAAAAAGAAGAAGAAGAAAAAGAAGAAGAAAAAGGACUCCAGCUCCUCCUCGUCUUCUUCUUCUUCUUCCUCCUCCUCUUCCUCCUCUUCAUCUUCCUCUUCCUCUGACAGCGAUGAUGACAAGAAAAAGAAAAAGAAGAAAAAGGAUGAUAAGAAAAAAGACAAGAAAAAGAAAAUUCUGGGGGAAAAAAAGUCAAAAUUGUCUAAAAAUAAGCAUAGUGAGGACGAAGAGCAAGAAUCUCAUUCACCGGCCGGAGUUAAUAUUCCAGAGACAAGUACUAUCGGAGACAGCGCAAAAGAUAUUUAUGUUGACAAGUAUAAAGCAGCAGAAAAUCCAUCUGUGACCUACUUACUCGGUGAGGAGGGGCACCUGAGUGAUGACGAGGGCGAGGGAGAGGAGGAGAAGCAGGUGAAGAAGAAAAAGAAGCUGAAGAAAAAGAAGCAGGAGGGGGAAAAGAAUUCUGGUUCAUCUUCAGACAGUGAUGAUGAUGACGAAAAAGACAAGAAGAAGAAGAUGAAGAAAAAGAAGAAGAAGGAUUCCUCCAGCUCCUCCUCCUCCUCCUCCUCCUCGUCUUCUUCGUCUUCUGAUAGCUCUUCUUCAGAUAGUGAGGAUGACAAGAAGAAGAAGAAAAAGAAAAAGAAGAAGAAGAAAAAGGAUUCCAGUUCUUCAUCGUCCUCCUCUGACAGUGACGAUGAGAAGAAGAAGAAGAAGAAAAAGAAGAAGAAGAAGAAGAAGAAGAAGAAAAAGAAGGAUUCUAGUUCAUCUUCGUCGUCGUCCUCCUCCUCCUCUUCUGACAGUGAUGAUGACAAGAAGAAGAAAAAGAAGAAGAAGAAGAAGAAGAAAAAGGAUUCUAGUUCUUCUUCGUCGUCCUCCUCCUCCUCUUCUGACAGUGAUGAUGACAAGAAGAAGAAAAAGAAGAAGAAGAAGAAAAAGGAUUCUAGUUCUUCUUCGUCGUCCUCCUCCUCCUCUUCUGACAGUGAUGAUGAUAAGAAGAAAAAGAAGAAGAAAAAGAAGAAGAAGGAUUCCAGUUCUUCAUCGUCGUCCUCCUCCUCCUCUUCCUCCUCUGACAGUGAUGAAAAGAAAAAGAAGAAGAAGAAGAAGAAAAAGAAGAAGAAGAAGAAGGCCAGCUCCUCCUCCUCUUCCUCCUCCUCCUCCUCCUCCUCUUCCUCUUCUGAUAGUGACAAGAAAAAGAAGAAAAAGGAUAAGAAGAAGAAGAAAAAGAAGCAUUCGGAUUCUUCUGGUAGUGAGGACAAGAAAAAGAAGAUGAAGAAGGACAAGAAGAAGAAAAAGAAGAAGGGCAAGAAGAAGAAGAAGAAGAAGAAGGAUUCAAGCUCCAGCUCCUCAAGCUCCAGUUCCUCAAGUUGCAGUGACAGCGACAAGGAAAACAAAAAGGCCAAGAAAGACAAGAAGAAAAAGGAGAAGAAGGCCGUCAUCAUUCCCCCUCCCUCCACUGCAGAAAAGUGCCAGUGCCGAGCGAAGCGGCAAACCCCAAACGGCGGCGUCAGACCCGGCUGCAAGCGGAUACUCGGCGUUCAGCAGGAGCCCCAAACCAGGCGGCGCCAGCGGUAUCAGCUUCCCGUUGCUUCCCUCCAAACCUUUUGUGAACCUGGACCCGCCGAUCCCUCCGGCUCCCGCGGUCUCCAAUCCGCCGGCGUCCACAGUCGGCGGCAUAGAUCGCGCACCCGUUCGCAGGCCUCUAAGCCCCAUGGAGUCUUUGAUGGGGGGUACCUUUCGGUACAGGGACCCGGGGACCCGUUCCACCUCACACCUCAGCUCCAGUAGCCUCUACAGAGGCCACAGGUCUUACCAGUGAUCCGAUGUCGAAACUGUUCACAGAUGUUCACUAUGCGAGGGGAACCUGACGCGUGCUCCUGUGACAGUUUGAUAUGAUAUUAAAAGAAAUUUUGUUUGGUCGCGAGUCUCCGUGGUGGUGCAGAAUUUUUUUUUUUUUUAAAUGGAGAAAAAAAUGAUGUAUGAUUCAAUUCAGCUAAUAAAACAAAAAGCUUGUAUUUUGUGUACCCGUCCGUGUAUUUUGUCGGAAAGCCGCUGAGUCCCCGAGGCUCAAAUGUGAGCUCGCAGUUGUUCCACAUACUGACGGCGUACCUCGUGGUGAUCAUGUUCUUAUGAAGUUCUGAUGUGUUUUUCUUGUGCAAUAAAGCCCCAUUUAUUGAGGUGGCUAAUUUCCAAAUAGAGUACGAGCCGAAAUUACUGUAACCCGUGAAGUAGAGAACAAUUAUUUGUUAUAUAAAAGUCCCAGUUGCAUAAAUGCAAUUCAAAUCCAUAUGAUCCUUGAGAAACUUGCUGGUAUUUUAUUUGUCCAUUUGAUGACG